AUGACCGCCGACCAUCGAGGGCAACAAGACCGCCAGCCCGACCACCUGUCGCGCUGGUUCGCGCAGCACGGGAUACAUCUCCAUCCCGAUGUCCAUGUCAGACGAGACCCACAAACCGGCCUCGGCCUCUACGCCACCGCCCCACUCCCGGAACCAACACAGAUACUAAGCGUACCAGCGCGCAUGUGCAUCUCCUCGCCCAGCGCCCGGUCGGCCAUCGGCCGCGUCUUUGGAUCCACCGAUUCCCCCGCACUGUCCCACGACAAGUGGGCCAUCUUCUACAUCUUCCUCGUCCGUCUCCUCUUGCUCCACGUCGACAGCGCCGACGGGGCCUCGCAUGACGAUGCGGCGCAUCGAGGCGACCUGCACGACCACAUCGGCUACGUGCGUUCCCUGCCUCGAUCCGUCCCCAUCCCGCUACUCUUCCGACGUCGCGAGCUGGACCUGCUCGCUGCAACGCCGCUCCACGGCGCCACCCUGGACAAGCUCCGCCAGACAGACGAGGAGCACGACACAAUCCUCAAAUGGCUGCAUGGCUGGCGUACCUCCGUCCAGCCCGGCUCGACGGGUAGCGCCAUCCUCGACGGCCUUGACCGUCUCGUCGACCGCGCCGCCACGCUGAGCCUGUACCGCUGGUCGAAUGCAGUGUCCCUCUCGCGCGCAUUCCCACCCACGCUCCUCCCUUCCCUCUCGCCCGACGACGGACCGGUACUCAUACCCGCCCUCGACCUGCCCAACCACGCCCGGUCCAUGCCCGUCACAUGGUCCGCUCAACCCGCAUCCCCUCCCUGCACCGGCCCCGACAACGGCGACGCAGGUGAUGCCAGAGUGGUGUUCACCACUCGCUACCCCAUCGCCGCAACGUCCGAGGUGCUCAACAACUACGGACCCAAGAGCAACGAGGAGCUGCUUGGAUCCUACGCCUUUGUCCUACCGGGAGGGCAGGACGAUUUCCUCACGCUCAAGCUCGGACAGCGGCAGGGCGACGCCGGCGAGGAGGGGGCGGAGGGUGAGGCCAAGCGGCAUCAACUGGAAGCGGGCACGUACCGGUGGCUACGGAGCAGCUCUGCGCCUCCACCCGGCUUGAUCGACGAGGUCCGAGCUAGGAUCCAACUCGCCGCUCCUGAUCCCGCUCCUCGCUCGUCUUCGCCCCCGCAGAAAUUCGAAGAUGACGAGAGGGAGAGGGAGAGGGAGGUGGAAGAGCUGGAACUCCAUGGCGAAACGCUAGAGACGCUCGAGGUGCUGCUGGUGCAGAAACGCAAGUCGUUUCGAACCAUCCAGGCCCAGAUCGAGGAGAUGCUCGUGCGCAUUCCACCUCAGGAGACCGGGGAGGAGGAGGAGGGGGAGGCGGAUGAGGAUGCGCCCGUACGGAGGAAGGUGUGGGAUAUGGUUGACGUCUAUCGACAGGGUCAACUGACGAUCCUCAACCAGGCCAUCAAAUGGACCCGCUCCCAGCUCGAAAUCGUAGCUGACAAACUCGACCAGCUCGACCCUGCUCCCAACUCCGACGACGACGACGACGACGACGACGACGACGACGAGAUGCAGGGUGCCUGA